AUGCCAGAAGCCGAUACCACGCGCAAGCGGUCCCGCUCCCCCUCAGACGCUGACCUGCCCAAGCAUAAACGAGCCAACACAGGCGCUACAUCGGAUGACUUGCGAACGAGGGACUCUGUUGUCUCUGCCUCUGCUCCUGCACGCAACGAUCGCAUGGAGGCACUGCCAACCAUAGACGAUACCGCCGCGUCGACGCCGUCUCCGUCGGCCGACAAAGCUGCCGCGGUCUCUGCUACCGCGGGCAUAGAUCCCGCUGCAGAUUUUGCCGCGACGACUUCUGCUGCGCCGAGCGCAACGCAGUCAACCUCCGGCUCGCCUGCUGCCAACAUUCACAUGCGGUGCUUGAUUGUGACCCAGGACGCAUCUAUCAUCAUUGGCAAAGCCGGUACACACGUCAAUGAAAUCCGCGAGAAGAGCGGGGCACGCGUCAUGGUCUCGGAGAGUAUUCCAGGCAACCCAGAACGCAUUCUGAACGUUAGCGGGCCCUUGGACGCCGUCUCAAAGGCAUUCGGUCUCAUCGUACGGCGGAUCAAUGACGAGCCGUUUGACAAGCCGUCUGUCCCGGGGAGCAGAGCGGUGACUAUCAAGUUCAUGAUCCCCAACUCACGGAUGGGCUCUGUCAUUGGCAAGGGCGGCGCAAAGAUAAAGGAAAUUCAAGACGCCAGUGGGGCGCGCCUGAAUGCCAGUGAAGGCAUGCUCCCUGGUUCCACUGAGCGCGUUCUCAGCGUCUCCGGUGUGGCUGAUGCAAUCCACAUUGCAACAUACUACAUUGGGAAUAUUCUCAUCGAGGCGAACGAGCGUAUGCCAUCGUACCAGAACUCGUCGUAUCGACCCUCGAGCACGUCACGCAGCCGAGCGCCAUAUCAGGGCUCGUCGUACGUUCCGAUCGGUCAUGCGUCCGCGCUUCUUCAGCCACACGCGCCCCCACCAGGGGCGCAGCUGCAGACGCAGCAGAUUUACAUCCCGAACGACCUUGUCGGCUGCAUCAUCGGCAAGGGUGGUUCCAAAAUCAACGAGAUUCGACACGUCAGUGCCAGCCAGAUCAAGAUCAUGGAGCCUGGUGCGGUUGGUGUAGGCAUGAAUGGCCAGCCCGCGCCCGCGGCGGCGCAUGAGGGCGAACGUCUAGUGGUCAUAACCGGAGCGCCGAACAACAUCCAAAUUGCUGUUCAGUUGCUUUAUAGCCGCUUGGAGCAAGAGAAGCAGAAGCAGCUACGAUCUGCGUCGCACUGA